AUGCCUCAACCAUUUCUUCCCCCGACCCCUGGCUCAUCUACCGACAUCAAGGGAAAGGACGGAGCCCAACAGCUGUCGUCUAUACAUGCUGCUUUUGAGCUGCCACCGCCUGCUAUUCAUGACGCCUCGCGCACGUGUCCUACGGACUCGAAAGCCGUUUCAUCGUCCCAGGCGGUACCUCAUCCGCCUACAUUUUCUUCAUCCUCCCCGCGGACCACAUAUCCGUUGCAAGCGGCCGAGACGGUCAAGUCGCGCCGCCGAUCGUCUUCUGCCAAAGGCAACAGCGGCGACAACGACACCUGUUCGUUUGCUCUUCCCCCACCCCCAACCAGGUCCAGGAAAAUCAUCCAAAUGAAGCCUCGAAUGCACGAGGGGACGGCCGCAUCGGCCAAAGACUCUGGCAGGACUGGAGGGAAGGGUUCGGCGGGGUCCGCAAAGUCUGCCACCAACAAGAGUAGCGGUGCCGCCGACACAAGCGCAACUCAAGCGAAGAAGCAGCAGAAGCAGCAGCAGCAGCAGCAGCAGCAGCAGCAGCCACCGCAGCCUAGCGCUACCAGCGCCGCCGGACGUAGGAUUGCUAGGAAGACUGCACACAGCUUGAUUGAGCGACGGCGGCGAAGCAAGAUGAACGAGGAAUUUGCCGUACUCAAAAGCAUGAUCCCGGCCUGCACUGGCGAGAUGCACAAGCUUGCCAUUCUUCAGGCUUCAAUCGACUAUGUGCGUUAUCUGGAGGACUGCAUUGCUAAAUUAAAGGCUCAGCAUGGGGAUCACCAGAACCGAGACCGGGCUGGACAAAGCUUUUUGCCUCGUGUUCGGGCCUAUCAUCCCACUUCCCAUAUGGACCCCUCGGGCGAUGUGGACAUGUCGGACCCAGGCACGGCGUCGCCCUUGUUCCCUGGGCAUCCGGACCACCUUCAUGGACUGUCACUCUCUCCUGGCUCGCGGCCAGAGGAUGCGCGUCACCGGCAACAAUCAUUCUCGUCAGCGUCAACCGAUCAGCGGCACAAUAGCAUUAGCGCAUCAGCCGGCGCUUCACCAGCCUUUGGACCUCGGUGGCACGGUAGAGCUCCGCAGACUUCGGGCUCGACCUUGACCAGUCCUGCUCUACAUCCACAAUCCGACCUCGAUCAAGAAGCUACGGCCGCUCUGCUAAUGCUCAACAGCGAUAGACGCGGCACUAAUCCUAGCCUUUAUGCUCGUGGCUUGUCGGUACGCGAUUUGCUCAGCACCUGA